UGUGGCUUCCUGUUCCGCCUGCGACGGUUUGGAUUCGGACGGUGAAGGCUGAGCGGCUGGCAGCUCUGUUCGGCGUCCGGUCGCGUACUUUUACGUAUAUUGGCCAUCAAAAGAACUGUGCAGUCGUCCAUACAGUAACGAUUUCGUAACUUAAAUGGACGACUCCAAGUCGCUAAAGUUUUCCUCCAUACAGGAGGAAUUAUCUUACUGGAAGGAGCAGGCAUCUAAACACAGGCAGAGUGCUGAGGAGGCACAGGAGGAGCUGCAGGAGUUCCAGCAGAUGAGCCGCGACUAUGAGGCGGAGCUGGAGACCGAGCUGAGACAGUCCGAGGCCCGGAACCGCGAGCUGCUGUCACACAACAACCGCCUACGCAUGGAACUGGAAAGCUACAAGGAAAAAUAUGAGGCCCAGCACUCUGAAGCUUUCAGACAAAUCACCACAUUGGAAGGGGACCUGGCCGAGACCACAGCCAUGAGGGACCAUCUGCAGAAGUACAUUCGUGAAUUGGAACAGGCCAAUGAUGACCUAGAGAGGGCCAAAAGGGCCACUAUCAUGUCCUUGGAGGACUUUGAGCAGAGGAUGAACCAUGUGAUUGAAAGGAAUGCCUUCCUGGAGAGUGAACUGGAUGAGAAGGAGAACUUGCUUGAGUCAGUACAGCGGCUGAAGGAUGAAGCCAGAGACCUCCGUCAGGAGCUGGCAGUGCAGCAGAGGCAGGACCGGCGCCCAUCCCUCGGCCUGUCUAAGGACGCAGAGAAAAACGAGUCGCUGUCACGCCCUCCCUCUGCACUUUCCGCCACCCCGUCGGGUGCACGUGGCUCUGCCAGCACCUUUACCACACCCCCGGCUUCUUACCGUCGAGGUGAUGGCCUGACAGGAACCCCCCUUACUACAUCCGCCCGCAUAUCAGCACUUAACAUUGUUGGAGAACUGCUGCGGAAGGUCGGGAACUUGGAGUCCAAGCUGGCUUCCUGCCGAGACUUUGUGUACGACCAGUCACCAGGUCGCAUGGCACUUUCUGCGGGCCCCGGGACAGCUACUGCUCUGCGGGAGCCUCAGGAGAACUCGCCCAGUGCCAGCAGCAUGCCUCUGUUUGACAAGGGCUUGGCGAAGCGUUUGGAUUUUGGAGCAGCGCCCUCCAGUGUUGCUUCCCAGGCAGCGCAGUCUCCACAGGGUGUGGUGAAGAUCUUGCUGUGAGAGCGUGCGUGCCGUCCUGCCUCAGAAGGAAUCUGCUGCAUUACUCCUUUUAACAUCCUCAUGCUUUUAUCAAAGCUGUGGUUCAUCCAGUUAGUGUCUCCAUGGGGCUGAUAGCGGGUUUUAAUCUACUAAACCCACAAACAUUGGAAUGUGCUAGAAAACCUGGCGUUUCACUGCUCCGCAAUAAUCCUAUGCUCAGCGACGCCCCCCUGCCGGACCCACUGGAGUGUAUUGAAGAUCUGCUUUCUGCCACUGCUGCCUUUGCUUUAAUGACUCUGGACCCCAAAGCUGUCAACCUCAGUCCCUCUGGCCACCUCUCUGACUCUGCAGAGGCUGAUGGCAGCACAGAGAGCCAGGGCACCUCCAAGGUCAUCCAACAGUGUCUGAGGAGGAGCAGUUCUGGCUGAUGGAAGCAUUCCUCCUGUUUUAGUGAAUGUCCUGGUCUGUACGGAAACGUCACAUAAGGUGUAGAAACAGGAGGAAGUCAGGCUGUCCAGAUAUAAAGCACAGGUUCUGCCCUUUAAUCUCUGCUCACUUUAAUGUGAGGCUCAUACUGCCUGUCAAGGCUGCUUCUAAAGCCUUUCUCUUGCAUGUUGCCUAGAUUAUUAACCACUGAUCAGAUUGUCAGAGCCAAAUGGUGAUGUCAGAGAAUACGGUAGUUUUACAAGCAGUAGUGACUGUUUUGUUAACUCGGCUUCUGUUUCUGAUGGAACAGAAUAGCCAAGCAACGUAGUGUUUUAGUAGGAGUUAUUCCAUUUGCACAGAGCAGCUCGAUUACCAUAUCAUGACCAGGUCCUGUGUAAACUGGUAAAUGCUUGGUGUCAAUAACCCUACGUAUAUAAUGCAGACACUCAGCUAUGGCCACCAGCUGCAAGUUAGAGCUUGAAGUGUUGAACCGGUUAAACAAUGUUGAUGCUGUGUGACCGUAACCACUUACUUGUGGAUGUGGCAGUGCUUCCUAAGUGGUAGAUCCUGAUUUAAGAAUAUAUAAUGGAUUAAGAAAACCAUGUGACAAAGCAAUACACUGGGCAGUACACGUUUUAAUAAAAUAUAUUACCCUUUCAAUUACAGUUUUGAAGGGGGAUAUUGAGGUGCAACACUGCUAAGUUCAAUAAAUAGCCAUGAAAUGUUUUAUUGGAAUAUUUCACUAUGGCCACAGUUUUGAUUUAAAAAGAUUUUUUUUGUUACUGUUAUACAUUAUAAGGCAUUUAUGUGUACUUAGUAUCAUGGGGUGCACUAAAAAUAAGGUCACCAGUAACUGACUAAGCAAUAUCAAUUAUGAUCUCUCUUUUACCCUUAAGUUGGCAACCUCAGAAAACAUGUCUGUGUGAGCUGGACAGUUUCUUUUCUAUACAAAAAUGGCGAUAGGCCACAUGUCUAGUUCGACAUUUGAACAAUUUAUUGUGAAGAUUGCUGGGAUUUUUCUGUGCUAAUCAUGUCUUUUCUCCUGAAGAACAUUGUACUGACAGAGGUUUUAGAUAGCAUCAAUGUUCCAGGGCCAAUGUAUUUUUUAUUUUCUACUGGAAAAAGUUUUUAAAUGGCGGUUCUUUUAUAAGUUUAGACAUCAAACUGCUUAGUCAGAGAAUGUCAUGUUUUGGUCAAAAAAUGCAUUUAAAAUUACUUUAGCUUUUGCUUCUUAUUGAGGGUACUAACAGAAAGUAGUUGGGAGCAUGUAGAAUAGAGGCUGGGUUGUUACAGUCCGCAGCUCAGGGGCACAGUUGAUCUUUGCACUUUUAGCAGUGUCUGCACAAAAGUAACAAUAAUUUGAGGUUUAAGUAGGGAAUUAUUUUUCUACAGAUUUGGCUGUUCGAGAACAAGGAAGACCAAACAGCUCUAAUGUGUGUCCUUUGUGCGUCUUUAGGUGAUAAUGCUAUUUAGGAAUCACCAGAUGAAAAUUAAAUUUGGUUAUAGAGUGAGUGUGGCAUCCACACCAUCACGCAUAGAGGAUUCCUACUUUUCUCUAUGUACCUGAGGUGCUGUAUCGAGUAACAGCAGUUUGGUUUGCAAACAUUUUUAUACCAAAAUGUGUACAUUAAAAAAAACACUCCACAA